CAGCGGUAUCGACGACUUGCAGUUGGAGUUUACGAUGCUCGACCCUCAUAUUUGUACCUCUCUGCAGCCUGUCCCUGGAUCCCUUGGUACAUACCAGGUCCAGUUCCGCGGUCGUGACAGACACGGUCACGUCCGUCCGUCCGUCCUUAUCGUUCCGCCGAGACAUGACGAAUACCCUCGCUUCUUGAGCGCUGCGUGCUCGUAUGACACAGGAGUCAUCAACACGAGUUUUGCGGGAGAUGUCAAGGGCGAGCGGAAGCAGGGAUCCAAAGCAGAGUGAAUG